ACGCGGCAUUGAGGCCUGUGUCGGCGGUAUUAUGUACAGUGUCACCGAGGCGAGCGUGCGGGGUUACGAGUUGGAGUCCCGGUAGAUUUGGAACACAUGCAGUAAACCGUCUCGGGUCGGGAGUAGGGGGCAAGUAGACUGCCGUGGGGAGCCGUGGAGUAGGCGACGGUGCUUAGGAACAGGAGUUUUAUCGGUCACAGCCUCAAUCUUUCCAAUUAAAGUGUGUCGUUCUUCACUGCAUGAAGGCGGUGGGUUGGUGUCGGCUGAGUUACACUCCGCGAUACUGCGUCUCACAAAAUAACAACUCAGCGACAGAGGGGGGAAGGCAUCCACAAAAGAAAGCGCCAAGAUGUUGCUGUGUGCGGUGCUGACGUCACUGGUUGCCAUGGCGACAAGCGCAGCUAUUCUGAACAAGGAAGGCAGUACGGUCAAGAAGCUGGUGCUGUUCCCUGAGAAACAUGCCUGGUGUGAGACCCAGCCCAUCAAACAGGUGGUCGGAGAGCCUGGUUGUAACUCCGUCGAGGUCAACAACAACGUGUGCCUGGGGCAGUGCAUCAGCUACCGCGUGCCUAAAACCUACCCAGCAGAGCCCUCUACCGAGGAACUCAAGUACUGCGACGUCUGCAAGCCGUCCAACAGCACUUGGCAGAAGAUCACUCUGGACUGCCCUGAACACCCGGACACGCCCCAGGUCAGUAAGCUGGUGGAGCUGAUCGAGCACUGCCGCUGCCAGGCCUGCGAUGACGGGGAGGACAUGCGUCUGGCGGCGGCGCACAGGCAGCGCCACGCGCACCAGCGGCGGGCGGAGGAGGAGGAGGACCCGCCGGACCUGCAGAAGGUCGUGCAGCAGAGACAUACCCCGCUGCGGUCCGAGGAACAGGACCUCGGGGACCAGGACUGGGCAGACGACGAUGACGUCACGUACGAGAACUGAUCAGAGUUCCAUCUAAAACCCGGGACCCGGCCGGGUAGCUUUCGGAAACGAAAAAUCUGGUAAGAAAGGCAACAAAACAACCAGAACCAUUCCUAGGUAAAUAGUUUCAUUUUCAGUUUCCGCAAACAUCCCGGCCGGGCCCUGUGUCAGAAAUGACACCUAAGCCUAAGCUGACUUUUUUUUAUAUAAUAGUGCACUUAAAUAUCAGUGUAAAACAUGUGCGCAUAA